GUCAAUAGCAGUAUCCCAAGCUCUAUCACCUGAGAUCAUAAGCUAACGUAUUAUAGGACCCCAAGAACUCACUAUUGUGGACCCAGCUGUAUGGAAAGCAAUGAGUGGAGUUGGAGCGACUUGUAUAAAGUCUCCCUGGUACGAUCUUAUGAUGCCAUAUGUUUCUAUACCAUCAAUCCGGACAAAGGAAGGGUACGGCAUACAGCGAAAACGCUGGGAUGAAGCCCUUGGUAUCCUUAACUCCAGCUCACUCGGAUUCUCACAUGGGUGGAAGACAUAUGCGAUGAGCAGCUGAAAAUGAACGCAACUCUUUGUGACGCUCAAAACUUAAGGUAA